CUGGAGUCCCAGCCCUAGUGAGUGCCAGGUGAGGUCCUGCCCAUGCUGUUCUUAGGUUAGGCGUUCAUUGCACAGGACACUUACGUAUGUGGAACUGGCUGCCUCCGCAAGGGACAGCCUGGGGUUGGCUUUGACAGCUCGGCUGGAAGGAGCUCUCCAGCGAGUACCAUUUCCCUCACCAUGGCUGUGAUUCAGCCCGGACGAUCUGGGCCUUACCUGGAACUGCAGAUGGGGUCAAGGCCCGACUCGGACUUUGAUUCAGAUUCCGACAGCCCAGCCUUCAGCAGCACCAAACCUGGCUCUGGUUACCCUGCCUGCUCCCAAGUGAUCCACAGUGGUCACUUCAUGGUAUCAUGCCCGCACAGCGACUUGGUGCCCCGUCGGCGCCAUCACCAGGCUGAGCCAGAAGUCCCUGAUCCUCCAAGUAUUGAUCCCACUCUCACACGCCUGUUUGAGUGUAUGAGCCUGGCUUACAGUGGGAAGUUGGUAUCCCCCAAAUGGAAGAAUUUCAAAGGGUUACAGUUGCUUUGUCGGGACAAGAUCCGCCUCAACAAUGCCAUUUGGAGAGCUUGGUACAUCCAGUAUGUGGAACGCAGGAAGACCCCUGUUUGUGGAUUUGUUACUCCCCUGGAUGGGUCUGAGGCAGAUGAGCACCGAAAGCCAGAAGCCGUUGUGCUGGAGGGGAACUACUGGAAACGACGGAUUGAGGUGGUAAUGAAGGAGUAUCACAAGUGGCGGACGUACUACAAGAAGAGGCUUCACAGAUUUAGCCGGGAAGGGGAAGUUCCCAGCCCAAAACCGGAUGAUGAACCUUGGCGAUCAACAGAGAACUGGUGCAACCAGCUCUUCUCCAAUGUGGUGCCAAUGCUGCUGCGGGACAAGGAGGAAAAAGAGGAGGAGGGAAGGCAGCUCUUUGAUAUGGACAGCUUCCUCUCAGACAUCUCAGACACCCUAUUCACCAUGACUCAGGGCAGCUGUCCCCCUCAAUCAUCAUCAGAAGAAGCCUACGUUGGCAACGCUGACAUGAUCCAACCAGACUUGGCCCCGCUACAGCCAAAUCUUGAUGAUUUCAUGGAGAUAUCUGAUUUCUUGUCCAGCCCUCGGCCAGUGCCUGCACAAACCCCUUUGAACUACACAGAUCAGCCUUGCUUUGUGCCCAUGCCAGACACCCUUUUUGAUAGCAGUGGCAGCAACCUUCUUCCCAACCCAUCCAAUGCCUUACUUCCAACAGGCCCUGCCAGUUCUCCUGUCUUGAGCAGCCCUCGUCUUCAGUCUGCAGGUGGUUGCCCAGCUCAGCUUGGUUCACCUGGUGCCUUCCUCAGCCCUGAGCUCCCUCCCAUUCCUCCCCCAUCAACCUCCCCCAACAAUUUUGGUCCUGAUCGCAAGCAGAAGCCCCUGCUUCCCUACACCCCCCCCAACAAAUGGCUUAGCCUCGAUCACUAUGGAUCUUACUGUCCUGCCCCACUGCCCAGGGCCCCUUUGCUGGGCCAACAGCCAGUAUGUCCACCACUGUCAGCCCCUUGCUCCAAGCUCCACUACCCAUCUGCCCCACUCUUUUCCUGUCCCAGUUCCCCAUCACUCUCCACAGCCUGUUUUUCCCCAAAUAUGCCAGGUUACAAUGUAGACUUGCCUUCUGGGUACUAUUCUCCCUUCAGUGCAUCACAGCUGCUCCCUGGUUUGCCAAGCAGCCCUAUUUCUGGCACUGCCAGAGGACAGCCUCCAUCUGGAAAUGACAGGCCCAAGACCAAGGGGGCAACGAUCAAGAACAAGAGGUCCCCAAGACUUCCUGUUCCAUCACUUGCAACAGUAUCCGACCAAUGUCUGACGCAGCUGUUGACCACAGCAAAACCAGAACCUAGUUUAGAGGACCUGUCUGCUCCCAGCCAUGCCCUGGCCCCCACAGCACCUGAGACCCUGCACAACCCUUUUUGUGAAGAACCUGCCGGCUUCUUGCCCCGAAUAACAGAGCUCAGCCCUCAGCUCUCUCCCAUCUCCAGCCCCUCACAGUCCAUUCCAGCCACACCAUCAACAGGCCCACUGCUUGUCCCCAAGAUAGAGCGUCUCUCCCCCACUCCUAUCUGCGCAGCCAAUAACCUGAGAAUGACACAGGGACCUCCUGUCUCCCUUGAGGGGCUAAUUCCAUCCCCUCUCUAUUCAAGCCAAAAUAGGACAGAACCAAGCAAGACUGAGAGCCGCAGAAUCAUCCACAUUUCUGCUGAGCAGAAGCGCCGUUUUAACAUCAAACUGGGGUUUGACACAUUACACGGCCUAGUGAGCACUCUGAGCGCCCAGCCCAGCCUUAAGAUCAGCAAAGCCACAACCCUGCAGAAAACAGCAGAAUACAUCUGCAAGUUGCAGCAGGAACGGGCUACCUUGCAGGAUGAAGCCCAGCGCCUGCGGGAUCAAAUUGAGGAGCUGAAUGUUGCCAUCAACCUCUGCCAGCAGCAGUUGCCUGCCACAGGGGUGCCCAUCACCCGCCAGCGCUUUGACCAGAUGAGAGAGAUGUUUGACGAAUACGUCCGUUCAUGCACCUUACAGAACUGGAAGUUCUGGGUUUUCAGCAUCAUCAUGCGCCCUCUCUUUGAGUCCUUCAAUGGGAUGGUGUCCACUACCAGCCUAGAAAGCCUCAGCCAGACGUCUUUGGCCUGGCUGGAUCAAUAUUGUUCACUUCCAGCACUGCGACCCACUGUCUUGAGCUCCCUUCGCCAGCUGAGUGUUUCUACUUCAAUCCUGACCAACCCCUCUGACAUCCCAGAACAGGCUACUCAAGCAGUGACGGGAACAAGUACCAAUGAUGGUUCUUCCUAGCCCAAGAAUGGGAUGCUAGCCAGAGGAUGACAGCUGCCAGAGGAUUCCUUCAUCCCUUCAGAAGAGCUGCUUUUACGAAAUAGCUGAUUGGUCAGUUCUCUGCAGGAAGCUUGUAGAAGAUGCUUCUUCUGUGCUGACUUUUCUCCCAGUUUUCUCUAACUCAAUGCCAUCUGGCCCAGUCUCCUCUCUCUCUUGGCCUGGCCAAUGAAACAGAAGUGACUUUGCUACAAGAUCUGUGUGAUCUGUGUACUUUCUCUUGGUGGGCUUAGCUGAUACCUUCCAGUUUCUACAUUAGUGAUUCACAUGGGUGAUGGAUCUUCAGUCCUCCGUAGUAUCUUCUCUGAUGUCAACUAAAAGUCUUAGAGAUAGGUCCAAAUCCACAUUUUGGAAGUCCAACAGGAAACAGAGGUGACAUCGUGGCAUCUUUUUUGCUUUGUAAAGUUAUGCACCAUCAUAGGCAACUGUCCCUGAUUACGCCUGGGAAAGGAGUCAUGCUUUAGUUCCUGUUUACUAGCUCAUCAUCACUGCUUGUCUUUAUUGAGAAGGUACAGUUACAACUUCAAUUAUGUUUUUGACCCUCUGCCCCCUUUCCGAGAAUAUACAUAGCUCCAGAGCCAAGUUUGCAAUGUUUAAGUAAGCCUGCCUAUGUGUACAUAGUUCUUUAAUAGACAACAAGUCUACCCAUACUCAGAGGAAACUAAAAGCAGAAGAAGACAUCAGUUCAGACCAGUGAUCCAUUUCACCCAGAAUCUUGUUUCCAGCAUAGCCAGUCUGAUGUGUCUAAGAAGCCAAAUAAAGAAGACCCAAAAAGUGAUGUGUUUAUCACUUUCCCCUUCUGCUUGAUCCCAGCAUCUGCUAUUCAGAGGAAUAUUGCUUCUGCAGCAGAGACCCUAUUUGAAAUAUAACUGGCAGUAUGACUGGGUGUCCUUAUAAGGUCCAUCUCACCCAGCGUUUCCAAUGAAGGCUAAACAGGAACUUUUAGAAAGCCUACCCGCCAGGAUAAAAGCAAGAAUUCCCACAGUGGAUGCCCCAAAAGUAUAUUGUCUCUCAAUACUGGUAUUCCAGCUAGCCAGCAGAACUAAGGCCCAGGUAUUAGUCACAGAGCACUUUCAGAUCACCAUCUGAAUAGUACAAAUAGUUCAGCAGAGCCACAUCUUUUCAGUAAACUGCUCAUCAAAUCCAGGAGAAAGCCCAUUUCAUAUAAAAAGAGUCCACAUUGUGGAAGAGCGGGCUGCUGGAGAAAAUGGCAGGCCCUUGUGCUCCUUCCUUUCCUUCCCAUUGGAAUCUUUCCUCCAGCAUCAGCAUGGCUGAAUUGCCAAUAAAAUAACAACCUUGACACCCCAGGUGUGGGGUGGAAGAGAGGAGAUGCAUUGUCUUUGGAGCUCUGCAGCCACCAGCAACAAAAUGCCUUCAGUGUACUGCAUAUUCAAAGUAUAUGGCAUAAUAAAUUCAUUGGUCUUUAUGGUGGCAAAA